AUGGCUGAAAUAGCAAAUUUUCACCAAUGUAUAGAACAAUGUGACUUAAUAGAAUUGCCUACAAGUGGUAGCAGAUAUACAUGGAAUGACAGACAUGGGGAUAGUAGGAUCUUAUCCAAGAUUGACUGGGUGUUUAUUAACUCAGAUUGGCUCAUUUCUAUGCCCAAUUUUAAUGCACAAUACUUAGAAGAAGGAAUCAGCGAUCACUGUCCACUCAAGAUAUUACCCAUCAAUGUACACAGGAGAGCCAAAAGUAUUGCAAUGUAUGGGCCUCAUCCAAACUUCCUAGAUGUAGUUAAGGAGGGGUGGAAUCAGGCAGUACAAGGGUGUAGCAUGUUCAGAGUAGUCAAGAAGCUAAAACUGUUGAAGCACAAGCUUAGAGAUCUAAAUAGAAGGCACUUCAAUAAUAUUGUAGCUACAGCUGAUCCAGAUAAGUUGGCUCUUGCCAGAGCACAAGCAGAAUUACAUAAUAAUCCAUUGGAUACUAGGUUGCAGACUGACCAAGAAGACAUAGCAGCAAUCUUUGUGGACUACUAUCAGGAAUUGCUAGGGACAAAGGGCAGAAAUAGACCACAAGCUUUUCAUAGUUUUCUGAGGAAUGUGAAGACACUGUCAACUACCCAACAAAUGCAGUUGGUAAGGCCAUACUCAGUUGCUGAGGUUAAGACUGCUAUGUUUAGUAUAGAGGAAACAAAGAGCCCUGGACCAGAUGGAUAUGGGAGUGAUUUCUAUAAAGCUUCAUGGUCCAUUAUUAGAGAUGAGGUGACAAGUGUAGUACUGAAGUUUUUUGAGAAUGAGCAACUACUCACACAGAUCAACUCUACUAUUAUUGCUCUUAUUCCAAAAGUGGAUAAUCCCCUACUGGCCGGUCAACUCAGGCCUAUUUCAUAUGCUGCAAUGUCAUUUACAAGUGCAUUUCUAAGAUAA